UGAAACAAGUUUCAAUCUUGUGUCUGCUGUUUAAAAUAGAACCUAGUGUUAAUUUGUUUGCUCAUUCAGCAAACACUAAUGGUCUAGUGGUUAGGAGCAGAGGAAACUUGUCAUAUACUGGCUGUGGGACUUAGGGCAGGUGUCUUAGCCUCUCUGAGCCUCAGUUCUUUCAUCUGUAAAUAGGCAGGAAUAGUAGGACCUAUUGCAUUAAUGAAAGAAUCCUGGUAAGCCUUAGCCCAGUGCCUGGCAGAUAGCAUGCCCUUGAUGAAGGUUCGCUAUUAUUCUCUCAUGUCUGGGAAAGAGUUCGAGACUUGUGUACAAAGGUGGACGGCAAUGCUUAACCCUGCAUGGGAGGGGAGGCCCAGAGAAGUGAAGGAGCAUUUCCAAGGUCACAAGCUAAUUAUAAAUGGUAGAACUAGCAAAGAGUGUGAGCCGCAGGACCCAGCCCUUUCCAUGCGUCGCCCUUGCAGGGGACUUGAGGGUAGAUUAAAUCCACUUUAUCUAGAGGCUUGCUAAUGGGAUUAAUUUAAUCAUUAGCACCUUUCCCAUGAAAGCUGGGGCUCUUAUAACUCCUCAUUCCUGUGCCUCAGAUUCUUGGGGAGACCAGCAUUGUUUGGGGGGCCUUAAAGCUGGGGUCAUAUCUCCAGGAGCUCAGAGUGGCACCAGCCUGACCAUUUUCUGUGAAUGUCUUUGGUGGAAACUCACUGCUCAACAUGGAGCUCUACUUUGGAAGCCUAGAAACAAGCAUCUGGGGAAGACUUUAAGUUUUUCUGAGUCCUGCGGCUUCUGAGUCUCUGCAGGGCUAGUGGAAAGGGCUCUAGAAGGUUCUGGAAGUCAAGAUUCUGAGUAGCUGCUUUUGAAUAAUGGAAUCCUCAGGGCCUUGCGAAAUGAAUGCCAAAGUCCCUGCAGGUGCCAUGACUCAGCAGCCCCAGGAGGACUUUGACAGGAGCGUGGAGGAUGCCCAGGCAUGGAUGAAGGCUGUGCAGGAUCAGCUGCAGGUCAAUGACAACACGCAGGGGCCCCGCGCGGCCCUGGAGGCCAGGCUGCGGGAGACAGAGAAAAUAUGCCAGCUGGAGCCUGAGGGGCGCGUGAAGGUGGACCUGGUGCUGCGGAUGGCUGAAGCCCUCUUGGCAUGCUGCCCUGGGGACCAGAAGCCCGAGAUCCUGGCCCGGCUGAAGGACAUCAAGGCCCAGUGGGAGGAGACGGUCACCUACAUGACUCACUGUCACAGCCGCAUCGAGUGGGUGUGGCUGCACUGGAGCGAGUACCUGCUGGCCCGAGAUGAGUUCUACCGCUGGUUCCAGAAGAUGAUGGUUACACUGGAGCCCCACAUCGAGCUCCAGCUGGGCCUGAAGGAGAAGCAGUGGCAGCUGAGCCACGCCCAGGUGCUGCUGCACAACGUGGACAACCAGGCAGUGCUCCUGGACCGGCUGCUGGAGGAGGCAGCCUCCCUGUUUAACAGGAUCGGGGACCCCAGCGUGGAUGAAGACGCCCAGAAGAGAAUGAAGGCUGAGUACGAUGCAGUGAAGGCCAAGGCCCAGGACCGGGUAGAUCUGCUGGAGCAGGUGGCCCGGGAGCACGAGGUGUACCAGGCAGGCGUGGAUGAGUUCCAGCUGUGGCUGAAGGCAGUGGUGGAGAAGGUGAACGGCUGCCUGGGGCGGGACUGCAAGCUGCCCAUCACGCAGCGCCUGUUCAAGCUGCAGAACAUUGCUAAAGAUUUUCCCAGCGGCGAGAAGUCUUUGGAAAGGCUGGAGGAGCAGGCUGUGGGCGUCAAUCGGAACACCUCUCCUUUGGGUGCAGAGAAGAUUACUGGAGAACUGGAAGAGAUGAGGAAUGUUCUGGAGAAGCUGCGCACCCUCUUGGAGGAGGAGGAGGAGCGGCUGCGGGGCCUGCUCAAGUCCAGGGGAGCCUGUGAGCAGCAGAUUAAACGCCUGGAGGCCGAGCUCAGUGAGUUCAGGACCGUCCUGCAGAGGCUGGCCCAGAAGGGCCUGCAGCCUGCGGCAAAGGCCAGGACCAAGGACGAGCUGGUGGCCCACUGGAGACGCUACUCGGCAACACAGGCAGCGCUGGCCGCGGAGGAGCCCCGGGUAGCCCGGCUGCAGGCCCAGCUGAAGGAGCUCAUGGUCUUCCCCCACGACCUGCAGCCGCUCUCUGACAGUGUCGUCGCUGCCAUCCGGGAGUAUCAGAGCCUGAAGGGGAGGAGUGCCAGGCUUCGCAACGCUGCGGGGGUGGAGCUGUGGCAGCAUUUCCAGCGGCCUCUGCAGGAUCUGCAGCUGUGGAGGGCCCUGGCCCAGCGACUCUUGGAGGUCACUGCCAGCCUGCCGGACCUGCCUUCCCUUCACACCUUCCUGCCCCAGAUCGAGGCGGCCCUGAUGGAAAGCUCCCGCCUGAAAGAGCCGCUGACCAUGCUACAGCUGAAGAAAGACCUCCUGAUUGGUGUCUUUGGCCAGGAGAGGGCCAUGGCACUCCUGGAGGAGGCGGCGGGUUCCGUGAGGGACAGAGACCUGCUACAUAACAGCCUUCUGCAGAGGAAAAGCAAACUGCAGAGCCUGCUCACUCAGCACAAAGACUUUGGGGCGGCUUUCGAGCCUCUGCAGAGGAAGCUCUUGGACCUCCAAGCCAGGGUCCAAGCUGAGAAGGGGCUUCAACGGGACCUUCCUGGAAAACAGGCCCAGCUCUCAAGGUUGCAGGGGCUGCAGGAAGAGGGGCUGGACCUAGGGGCACAGAUGGAGGCUGCGAGGCCUCUCGUCCAGGAGAAUCCCAACCACCAGCACAAAAUGGACCAGCUCUCCUCCGACGUCCAGGCCCUGCAGAGGUCUCUGGAGGACCUUGUGGACGGGUGUCGGCAGAGCGUGCAGGAGCACUGCACCUUUAGCCACCAGCUGCUGGAGCUACGGCAGUGGAUCGCUGUGACCACGCAAAAGCUGGAGGCACACCGAGGAGACGUGGGCCCGGGCACUGCCAAGUCCCAAGAGGCAGAGUUCGAGAGGCUGGCGGCAGAAUUCCCUGAGAAGGAGGCCCAGCUGUCCCUGGUGGAAGCACAGGGCUGGCUGGUGAUGGAGAAGUCCUCUCCGGAGGGUACUGGCGUGGUGCGGGCAGAGCUCGGGGAGCUGGCAGCGUCAUGGCGGGCCUUGAGGCUGCUGGAAGAAAGUCUGUUGAGAAACUGGCAUCUGCAGAGGAUGGAAGUGGAUUCGGGGAAGAAAAUGGUUUUCACCAACAACAUCCCGAAGUCAGGGUUUCUCAUCAACCCCGUAAAUCCGAUUCCCAGGCGUCGUCGACAGGUAGAUCUUCUCCAGGAAGAAGGGAGCCACGAAGAUUUCUCCCAGCUCCUGAGGAACUUUGAGCAGUGGUUGCAGGUGGAAAAUUUGAAGCUUGUUAGAAUCAUUGCAAUGAGAACUUCUACAGCUGAAGACUUGAAGACCAGAGAAUCAAAGCUUCAGGAGCUGGAGGCUCGGGUGCCAGAAGGUCAGCAUCUCUUUGAGAACGUCCUUCGUCUCAGGCCAGCAAGGGGGGCCUCCGAUGAGCUGGAAGAUCUGCGCUACCAGUGGAUGCUGUACAAGUCCAAGCUCAAGGACUCCAGCCACCUGCUGACACAAAGUUCUCCAGGGGAGCCAACUGGAUUCCAAAAGACUCGGCGGUGGCGAGGACGGGGCUCCCUCUUCCGGAGGGUGUGCUGUGUGGCACUCCCGCUGCAGCUGCUCCUGCUGCUGUUCCUCCUCCUGCUGUUCCUGCUCCCCAUCAGGGAAGAGGACCGCAGCUGCACCCUGGCCAACAACUUCGCCCGCUCCUUCACGCUCAUGCUGCGCUACAAUGGCCCACCACCCACCUAACCCACUGGGGCGCACAGGUGACUUUCUUCUCCAACCUCCAUCAGUCCCAGGGCUGAGGAUGCCCACCCGGGAAACUGGAAACAGGGGCAGGCCAAAGACUGCAGAGCUAUAUCCGUAUAAAUGCUGUGUCAGCGUUCCCAGAACAGACUUACUUUUUAUACAGUGUCGUCUUAGUCUAUUUAUACUAAAUAUGUACUACAUGUGACUAGGGAAUAAUGUAUAGAAUUUUUAUAUGACCUGUAUGUAAAUACUCAGUAUGUAUAACUUCAUAUAUGAGGUGUAUUUGUAGUUGAGAAAAUUCCUAGCAAUGUCUCCCUCCAAUGGGAUUUUGUGGUAUUGUUGACUUGGUCUGCAGGCAACCCUAGAAAGCAAGAGCAAUAACAUGUCACUUUCAUGGCAAACUCUUCUCCAGAGCCAAUCCCAGAACUCAGAUGUAAUGAAAAGCCUCUGAGCUGCCACGCAGGAGAGCGGCACAGACCCUCACUCGGAGCCCAGUGACUUGCUUUAUGCAUAAUGAGAGCGAGUAUGCUUGUCUAGUUUUAACAGCCACAAAGAGUAGCUGCCAUGUGUCAGAAGUAGAAAUGACAAUGACCAGAGGCAGGUACAGUGAUAGCAGUGACAAGUGACAGAGUAACAUCAAGGGAGAAAAAGAAGAGCUGCAGAGAGCAGAUCCCCGAACUAAGAAAGCACAGCUGUGUGGAGGCAUCGCAUGCGGGAGCCCGGACCCCAGCGCUCAGCAGCCUCUGAUCACCGAGCCCCCAUGAAGCGGGGGGAUCCUGCUCUGUGUGUUUCAUUCAGGGAGAAAGGGGGGAAGACAGGUUUUAUUUUUAAGACUUCAUGCAGAAUGGUGAGGUGCACUCUGUAAGCAGCUCCUGCUGGCAGUGCCCAGGAAAGACACGUUUCUUCUGUCGCUCUUGGACUGAGUUUUCAUCAUUGAGAGCUCAAGCUGCAGGACAGAAGGGAAGCAUCUUCUGCACCAGAGGCCAGGAUCCAGGGGCCAGGACAGAGGUGAGAGAACCUGCUUUGGAGUUUGGCCUGUCUGAUGGGCUCUGCUUCCCCUUCCCAGAAGGGACUCCGGAAACAGCAGGUCCACGGGGCCAAGAAAGUCUCAUGCGCAUCCCCACAUGGGACUGGAGCCCAGGCCACCCAAAGCCAGGCCCUCUCCAGCCAGGUGUAGGUGAGCCAGGCUCCAUGCACCACCUUAGCUGGGGCCGCGGUGACUCCGUGUGAGUUCCCGAGGCCAGAAAUUCACCCCUUCCUUGCCAGGGAACUCUAGAUAGUUCCUAAGUGCUUUACAACUGGACCAUGUUCUUCCUAAAUCAACACUAAAUUUUCCCUUUAAAAAAAAAUACUUAAUGUCCACUCUUUACAAAUGGAAUUUGUCUAUUCAACUGCAAAUUAGAGCUUCAGAGGGCAUUUCCUUGGGCCUUAUAUCUGGCUAUGGAAUCAUAAGGUGUUAUAGGCCCAGAAAGGCCCUUUAAGUAGAGGGGAAACUGAGGCCCUAAGAGGGCCUGACGCCCAGCACCACUGCUCUCUCGCACACACUGACCCCUUGUAUUCCUCCAGGAGCUCUGCCCUCGUGGACCCCGGCGCUGGGCAACAAGGACAUUCACAGGGCAGGAAACCCAUGCUGCCAAGGAGAGCCCUUGGGGCUGACUCAGAAAGCAAUUUUUUUUUUUUUUUUAAACUCACCUGUAUUUGUUACAACUUUAAGCA